CUCUCACGACGCUGGCACGAGUCGACGGUUUGCGGGACGGAAGAGAGCUGAAGAAGGAACUGAAGUCGGCUGACCUCCUGUACAGCCGACCUCCUCUUCCUCUUCUUUUUACCAAACAGCUGACAUGGCGCUAAGUGGUCAAACCGCCGUGGUGACCGGAGCGGCGAUGGGGAUCGGGAAAGCCAUCACGGAGAUACUCCUGCAAAACGGUGCCAGGGUCGCCCUGCUGGAUGUGAAUGAAUCUGCAGGCCAGACUUUGAAGGAAGCCCUCGACAAGCAGCACGGAGCACAUAGGACCCUGUUCCUCCGCUGUAGCAUUGAAUCAGAGGAGCAAACCAAAGCUGCCUUUCAGAAAACGGUGGAUACCUUCGGCAGCAUAGACAUCCUGUGCAACAACGCCGGCAUCCUGAACGAGGCGGAGUGGGAGAAAUGUGUCGACAUAAACCUGGUGGCGGUUAUACGGCUAACCUAUAUGGCCCUGGAGCACAUGAACAAGUUGACAGGAGGUCGGGGUGGGGUCAUCGUCAACACUGCAUCCUUUGCAGGUCUCGGCCCCCUACCGAGCUGCCCAGUCUACACGGCCACGAAGCACGCCGUGGUCGGCUUCACUCGGGCCAUGGCGGCUGCCUCGACUGCCUUGGGCUACGGCAUUCGGUUCAACGCCGUUUGCCCGAUUUACGUCCAAACCGACCUCUUCGCCAACAUUUACGACAGAAUGGGACAAUUUUCCCAGCUGGCUGCCCAGACCCGAAAAUCUGUGGACAAAGGGGUGUUAAAUGUGUCCGAGGUGGCCGAGGGCCUCCUGGAGCUGGUGACCGACGAGACGAAGAGCGGAGAGGCGCUCAUCCUGAAAGGCGACGGGAAGACGUACAUGACGUUCCCCACAUUCAGCUAGCAGCUCGGUCUCUGGUCCAGGUGACCAGGACGGAGAGAACAUCAUUUAAAUUCAUGUCAUCUGUUCAAUUACCUGAUUAUCUGGCAACAUGUAUGGAAAUUGUUCAUGAAAUCUAUAAACUUCCAUUGAGCUCUAGUUACUAACUAAUGUCU